AAGAGUCUUUAAUCGGCGAAAGAAACCAUCCUCGACUGUUAAGAAAAUUCUCAUCGGCGUUUAGAUCGGAAACUUGGGAACAAGAGAAGCUCACUGGGAACAAUGGAUAUGAGACGAUCAUCGGCGUGGUUGAUGUUAAUUUGCGUGUCGUUGGUUCUCUUUUCUGGAUUUGGUCAGUUUGUGAUCUGCAGUGAAGAAAAAGGAACGUACAACGACAACAACAACAACGUUGUAAAGAUGAAGCUUGGUGGAUUUAGCGAUUCCACUAAUGAUCGGAACGGUGGAGAAGAGAUCGAUGAUAUUGCACUCUUCGCUGUUCAAGAACACAACAGACGAGAGAAUGUUGUUCUUGAGCUUGCUAGAGUAUUAAAGGCAACAGAGCAGGUUGUUGCUGGCAAGCUCUAUCGUCUUACUCUUGAAGUUAUUGAAGCUGGUGAGAAGAAGAUUUAUGAAGCUAAAGUUUGGGUGAAGCCAUGGAUGAACUUCAAGCAGCUUCAGGAGUUCAAGAAUGUUAUCCCCUCCUUCACUAUCUCUGACCUUGGCUUGAAAUCAGAUGGUAAUGGAUUUGACUGGAGAUCAGUAUCAACAAAUAACCUUGAAGUACAAGAGGCAGCAAAGCAAGCAAUGAAAUCACUUCAACAGAAAUCAAAUUCACUGUUCCCCUAUAAACUCAUAGAUAUAAUCCUAGCCAGGGCAAAGGUGGUUGAAAACCGUGUGAAAUUCGAACUGCUUCUGAAGCUAGAGAGGGGCAACAAACUGGAAAAUUUCAUGGUAGAAGUGAUGAAGGAUCAAAACGGCAAGUAGCAGUAGAAGUUGCAGAUAGCUUUUGGGUUGUGUGACAUAUGUGUGAAUGGAGUAUAUACUAAAAACUGCUAUGUAAUGAAAAUAAACAUGGUGCUUGUUUGGCUUUAAACAGGGUUUCUUGUAAAUAUAAAUACAUGACUUCAUAUAUGUAAAAAAAUGAUGAUAUGAUUAUGUGUUUGAAAAUGUUGAAAUCUA